CGCAAAUGCUCAUCUUUCCUGCAUACCAGAUGCACUCAGGUGGCAGUUUUGAGCGCACUGCCGCAUACCAUUGCCUCGGCGGAGUUUUAAUGUCUUCAAGCUGUUUGCAGAGUCCACUGUUUUUACUCCCCACCAAACUCCGCCCCAGCAGCAGCUGGAGAAGGCAGCCAGGAAACCAAAGAUUUUUUGGUAAAAGUUUUUGGAUUUACACUCCCCAGUCAGGGGGGGAAAAAAAGUUGUGACGCUGCAAGCUCAAAAUGGCAAACAAAUAAAACCCAGCCCCCUUUUUUUAAAAAAAACAAGACGGAUACCCAACUUUGAACUGUGAUUACAAUUACCGAUUUUUUUGGGGUUGGGAAAUGAAAGACUCCUCGAGAAUGUGUCGAAAUCUGUUCGUGCGGGCCACACUCUACACGCUGCUGUUGCUCCUGUCGCUGCUGCUACACGUGAGGAGCGGUGACCCCGUGACCGCCGAAGACGCCGUUCUGGACGCCGAUCAGCUGUCCCGGUUUUACCUUCAAGGUUUGUUUAUUCUGGAAAGUGAACAACAACUGAAUAGAUGUAUUAAAGCCAGCAGAACACUCCUCACACUUGAAAAAUGUGAACAGCCUUCUAAGAACAUGCUAUGGAAGUGGGUAUCCAGACAUCGCCUUUUUAACAUUGGCACCAGUUUGUGCCUGGGACUUAAUAUUACUGACACUGAGCAGCCUUUGGGUUUGUUUGAAUGUGAUUCCACUUUACAGUCACUAUGGUGGCGAUGCUCUGGCAACAUGUUAUUUGGAUCCUCCAGAUUUUUAGUGGGUCGAAAAGAAAAGCUUAUUGUAGCUACACGAUUACCUUAUCACUUCUGGAAAAGAUACCUGACAUCUGGUGAAGGACCAUGUGCCCAUCCUUAUGAAGAAAUCCAUGUAGUACAAGGAAAUGCACAUGGAAGUUCCUGCGUUUUACCUUUUAAAUAUAACAACAAGUGGUAUUAUGAGUGCACAGCUGAAGGUCGAGAAGAUGGUCGCCUCUGGUGUGCUACAACUAGUCAGUAUGAUCGGGAUGAAAAAUGGGGAUUUUGUCCAAAUCCAGGUCCAGAUUGUGAUGACUCAUGGGAAAAGAAUCCAGACACAAAAGUAUGUUACCAGUUCAAUCUUCAGUCCAUUCUUUCUUGGAAUGAGGCACAUAUAUCGUGUCAGGCACAAGGCGGAAAUCUAUUAAGCAUCACUGAUGUUACAGAACAGAUAUAUAUUAGAGAACGCCUGAAUGAUUUAGGAGUUCCUGUCUGGAUUGGCUUGAAUCACCUUGAGGAACAAAGAGGUUGGCAGUGGACAGAUGGCUCACCUUUGGCACUGGUGAACUUUACCAGAAGUUUGACCCAAUCUACAUUUCAUAGCGAGCACUGUGGAGUGUUUAACUCAGCCCAUGGAAAUCAGUGGCAGAGUUUUGAUUGUUCUUCAGGACUACCAUAUGUAUGUAAAAAAUACCCAAAUAUUUCAAGGAAAGCAGAACCCUUUGAUGUGUGGCAGUAUUAUCCCACUUCCUGUCAUCCUGAAUGGAUUCCAUAUAAUAAGUUCUGUUACAAAUUGAAAAAAGAGGAAAAAUCUUGGAAAGAAGCGCUUAAGGAGUGCCAGUCAGAUGGAGGCAACCUGAUAAGCAUUCAUACUAUAGCUGAUAUUGAGCUAUUUGUGACAGUUCUACAGAAUGUAUCCGAUUCAGUUUUUGAAAUCUGGAUUGGCCUUAGCAGUAAAAAGCCAGAGGCGUUUGAGUGGUCUGAUGGAUCUUCUGUAACUUUCACUUACUGGCAUAAAUAUCAGCCUAAUACCAGUUUUUCUGAUUCGGAAAUCUGUGUAAAAGCUUCAAAAAAUGGUGGAUACUGGCAAACAGCAAUGUGUGAAGAGAGUCUUCUGUCAAUUUGUAAAAAGAAAGGACGGGUUGAAGAGCAAAAUGUAGAUGUUUUGGAUAAAGGCUGUGCUGAGAGUUGGAAACGGAAAGGUAAUUAUUGUUACAGGAUUACAAACUACCUUCAAAGCUAUGAAGAAGCUUCUAAGGGCUAUUACUGUAACUCACCCCUUGUGACUGUGGAAAACAGGUAUGAACAAGCUUUCAUUAACAGCCUCAUUAAUAACUUGAAAAAAAGUGAGAAUCUUUACUUCUGGACAGCUCUACAGGACCAAAACAGGACAGGAGAGUACAGCUGGUUGUCUUCAGAAGGAGCUUCUCAACCUGUUCUGUAUACAAAUUGGAAUAAGCAUCAGCCAGCCAGUGCUGGUGGAUGUGUGGCUAUAGCUGGUGGCAACUUGCUUGGACGCUGGGAAGUUAAAGACUGCAAAUCUUUCAAAGCUUUUUCAAUAUGUAAGAAGCCAAUUGGCCCUUUGAAAGAAUCUAAAUUAUCAGAUAACAUUAAUGUAUAUGGACCUUGCCCAAUUACUUGGGAGUCGAAGUCUGAAUUACUUUAUUGUUAUAAGGUAUUUCACAGUGAGAAAGUACUUUUGAAGAGAUCAUGGGAUGAAGCCAAUUUUUUUUGUCAGGCUCUUGGAGCCAACCUUGUUAGUUUCAGUCAUCAUGAGGAGGAAAGAUUUGUGGCAGAGUUUUUGAAGAAUAUUUUUGAAAGUGAAGAACGAUGGUUCUGGGUUGGAUUUAAUAAAAGAAGUCCUGAUGCAGGGGGUGCAUGGGAAUGGUCUGAUGGCACUGCAGUAGUGUCAUCAUUUAUAGAAGACAGAAAUGAUGAGAACGAUAAGGUGAACUGUGCAGUUUAUAAAACUAAUAACACACUGAUUCCUCAAAGAUGUGACUCAAAACAUGAAUGGAUUUGCAAAAUUCCAAAAGGUCUGGAUGUGAAGAAUCCUUACUGGUUUAUUAAACAAUUAGAACCCUGGGUUUUUUUCAGAGGAGCAGAAUAUCUAUUUUCGAUGUUGGAUCUUCCUUGGGAUGAUGCUGCUUUGGUUUGUAAGCUUUUAGGUUCUGACUUGGUAUCCAUACAUACACCUGAAGAACAUGCUUUCCUUCUUGGUAGAAUUAAAAAGUCAUUUCCAAAUAAAGAAAGGAUAUGGAUUGGAUUGUCCAAAGAUUUAAGCAGCUCUCAGUUUCGCUGGAUGGAUGGCUCUCCUGUUGAGUAUGAAAACUGGGGAGCUAUGAAUUUUCUACAGUUGCCAAUGAAGAAUGAUAUAUGUGUCUCAAUGUCAACACAGACAGGUCAGUGGGCUGAAGAUAAAUGCAGUAGAAUUCAAUUUUAUGCCUGUAAGCGCCAAACAGUAUCUGUUGUGGAAAUACCCAGAGAACCACACUUAAUAGGAGGCUGUCCUGAAAGAUGGCUAUAUUUUGGCCACAAGUGCAUUUUCUUGCAUUCCCCAAAAAGACGUGAAGAACUAAAAACCUGGAAUGAAGCACAACUCUUCUGCAAAUCACAUGAAGCAUCACUUGUUUCUAUAAAUAAUGAGAUAGAACAAGCUUUUUUGACAAUGUUGCUGAUUGAAACAGAUACAAGUGUCUGGAUUGGUCUUCAAAAUAAUGAGCCUCCAAAAUGGGUGAAUGGAAAGCCUGUUAUUUAUACAAACUGGUCCCCAGUAGAACCAGACAAUUUAGAUUAUGGUGUGGAUGUUAGGAAUGGCACGAGUAAUUACCAAGAUGUUCUGCAAUGCACUUUGAUGUCUAAUAAUCAUAUCUACCAUUUAACUGGCAAGUGGUAUCAUGAAGAUUGUGAAGCGUAUAAGCAUGGAUUAAUAUGUCAAAAAGAUCAAGACCCAUCAAAGGCACCAGCCCAUCAAAUAUUUUUUCAUCCUCUACCUGACAGUAUUGAAUAUGGAAAUCGAAGUUAUAGAAUUCUCCAUGGGAACAUGACCUGGUACCAGGCUCUAAAUAAAUGCUUGGAAAAAGACUCUGAGCUAGUAAGCAUAUCUGAUGCCUUCCACCAGUCUUUUCUUACUGUUGUUGUGAAUAAACUGGGCUACCCUCACUGGAUUGGACUUUCAAGCCAAGAACAGAACGGAAUAAAUUAUCAGUGGUUGGAUGGAAGUGAUAGCUUAUUUACUCACUGGGGAAGUGAAAUCGAAGAAGAUGUGUUUACUAACUGUGUUUAUAUGGACAUUGAUGGAACCUGGAAACCUGAAGACUGUGAAACACAACUUGGUGGUGCAUUGUGCCAAGUUCUUCCUGAACGAAAACCAAUAUCUUAUAAGCAGGAAUGUCCCAGAACAUGGCUGAAAUUCCUGAAUAGUUGUUACAGUUUCGAGCCAGUCAUAAAAAGGCUGUCUCUGGAAGAUGCUCGUUUGCACUGUAUGCAUAAAGAAAAUGAAUCCGACAUACUGACAGUAAAAAGUGAAGAAGAGAACAGGUUUAUUUUGGAAGAACUACGGACAUUUGAGGCCACUCAUCAGAUUGUCUGGUUGGGCAUAUUAUUUGAUGUUGACAAUGACACAUUAGAGUGGUUCGAUGGCUCACCUAUUAAGUAUUCAAACUGGUAUUUUAGACCUCCCAGUAUGGAUCUCCUUAAGACUGACAGCUGUGUUUCAUUACAGCCUUCUGAUGGCAGUUGGCAUUUAACACAUUGUGAAGCUAAACUAGGAUUUGUUUGUAAAAUACACAGAGAUAUAAGUAGUGAUGUAGAAGUUGAACCACUACACAGUUCCAGCAAAGGAGUUAUUCUGAUUGCCAUUUUUGUAGCUAUUUUGUUUUUUGCUUUGGUCCUAAUGUUUGUCUGGUUUGUAUACAGAAGGAACUCAGGACAGUACAGAGGAUUUCCAACAUUUAGAAAUGCAUACUACAGGCAAACAAAUACAGAGGCUACAGACAGUGAAGGAAAUGUGCUUAUUACAGAAAUUGAUGCAAGUAGCACAAAUUAGUAGUCUGUGACUGUCAGGAUUCACACCAGAGAACUGCUUCUCAUUGGACAGCGAAGAGGGACACACAGUGCUGUUAAUGUACAUCAGCAAUGAGUAUAUGACAUAAUCUGUGCUUGUGCUAUCAGAAACUACUUUGGCAGUUGACAUCAUGGUUUGUAUUUAUUGGAGCCAAACAAAUCAGUUAAAGCCUUUUAUAUGAUCAUCCAUGGAAAUUUUCGGUACAAACAAACAUGCAUAAAAAUGUGGU